CAGGAGUGUGGCACCAUCCGCGAUCCGAGGAAGAGCUCGUAAACUCGUCAUGUUUGGGUUUAUUGCUUGUUUUCUUUCUUUUUAUCGCUUCCAGAUUCGCUGUUAUUGAAGCCCGAUGUGUUCAAAAGCAUCUACAGGGUAGAGAGGAGCACAUGACCGACUGACUGACUGACCGCAGCUCAGAGAAACUACUAUUUUGAAGGAUGAUUUAUUUGAGGCAGUAAAGUUCACAGGACGAGGACUACAACCAUGUCAUCUAAAUCAUCUCUCCUGAAAGUGAUUCUCCUGGGUGAUGGCGGUGUGGGCAAAAGCUCGCUCAUGAACCGAUACGUCACCAACAAGUUUGACGCUCAUCUCUUCCACACCAUCGGCGUGGAGUUCCUCAAUAAAGACCUGGAGGUGGACGGCCGUACAGUGACUCUGCAGAUCUGGGAUACGGCCGGUCAGGAGCGUUUCCGUAGCCUCCGCACGCCUUUCUACCGCGGCUCCGACUGCUGCCUGCUGACCUUCAGUGUGGACGACAGCCAGAGCUUCCACAACCUGGUCAACUGGAAGAAAGAGUUCAUUUAUUACGCAGACGUCAAGGAGCCCGAAAGCUUCCCGUUUGUGGUUCUGGGAAAUAAACUGGACGUUUCGGAGCGUCAGGUGAGCAGUGAAGAAGCACAGGAGUGGUGCAUGGAGAGCGGAGGAUACCCGUAUUUCGAGACCAGCGCAAAAGAUGCCACUAAUGUUGCGGUUGCGUUCGAGGAAGCGGUGAGAAGAGUGCUGUCUCUGGAGGACAGACACGAGCAUCUGAUUCCUACAGACACUGUGAAUCUGCACAGGAAACCACGCGGCGCUACACAGUGCUGUUAAUGGAGGGAGAGGCAACUAGCUAUUUGAAUGGGAUAGUUCACACACUGAGAUAUUAAAGUCUACUCACUUGUUUGUUUUUGCCCUCAAAUGUGGUUCCGUGAGUGUCUUGAUUUCGUUGAACACUAAAGAAGAUGUUUUGAAGAAUGUUUGAAAAGCUGUAAGCAUUGGCUUUUCGUAGUCAGAAAAUUAACUAUGGAAGUCAAUGGUUACAGGUUUAUUUGACAUAAAAUAUAUUUUGAAGAAUGUUGAAAAGCUGUAAACGUUGACAUUCAUUGUCUGAAAAAUAAGUAUUAUGGAAGUCAAUGGUUACAGGUUUCCUACUUUAAAAAAAAUUAUAAUAUCACACUUAUAUUAUUAUUUAGAAAAAUGUUUGAAACCGGUAACCAUUGACUUCCAUUGUAUUUAUUUUAUGACUAGUCAAUGGUUAGAGCUUUCUAACAUAAAAGAUAUUUUGAAGUAUAUUAGAAGGCUGUAAGCAUUGGCUUCUGUAGUCUGAAAAAUAAAUACUAUGGAAGUCAAUGGUUACAGGUUUUUUUAACAUAAAAUAUAUAUUGAAGUAUGUUAGAAAGCUGUAACCAUUGCCUCUUCUAAAAUAAAUACUAUGGAAGUCAAUGGUUACCAGGUUUCCUUUUUUUUUUUUUUCAAAAUAUAUAAAGUCACUAUUAUUAUUUAGAAAAAUGUUUGAAACCGGUAACUAUUGACUUCCAUUAGUAUUUAUUUUAUUCAUUUGACUAUGGAAGUCAAUGAUUACAGCUUUCUAAAAUUUUUUGAAGAAAGUUAGAUAGCUGUAACCAUUGACUUUAAUAGUCGAAAAAAAUUCUAUGGAAGUCAAGGGUUACAGGUUUCUAACAUAAAUUACAUUUUAAAGAAUGUUAGAAAGGUGUAACCAUUGACUUUCAUAGUCUGAAAAAUAAGUAUUAUGGACGUCAGUGGUUACAGGUUUCCUACUUUUUAAAAAAUAUAUAAUAUUAUAUUAAAGAGUUGUAAACCGGUAACCAUUGACUUCCACUGUAUUUUUUUUAUUCAUUUGACCAUGAAAGUCAAUGGUUACAGCUUAACAUUCUUCAAAGUAUCUUUUAUGUUACAAAGCUGAAACCAUUGCCUUUUAAUAGUCAGAAAACUAAAUACUACGAAAGUCAAUGGUGACCCACCCCCCACCCCAAAAAAUAUUAUCUCUAUAUUAUUAUUUUGAAAAAUGUUGGAAACCGGUAACCAUUGACUUCCAUUGUAUUUACUAUUAUGACGAUGAAAGUCAAUGGUUACAGCUUUCUAAUAUAAAAGAAAUUUUGAAGAAUGUUAGAAAGCUGCAACCAUUCACUUCCAUAGAAGGAAAAAAAAAAUACAAUGGAAGUCAAUGGUUACCAGCUUCCGACAUUUUUCAAAAUAGCUUCUUUUUGUGUUCAACUGAAUAAAGAAACUCUUAAAGGUUUGAAACAAGUGUAGGAUGAUGAAUGAAUGAUGCCAGAAUAUUCAUUUUUGGGUGAACUAUCCCUUUAAGUGAGUUAUUUAAACAUGCACUUACUAGUAAACACUGGGUGAUGGAUGCUCUAUAUCUGAACUGAACUUACAGCAGUUCAGAUGGGUUUAAAUGUGUCUGCAAUAUAUUAUUAGCGGAUUUGAUCACACUUUACAAUAAGAUGACAUUAAUUAAUGUUAGUUAAAGGGAUAGUUCACACAAAAAUGUAAAUCUGCUCAGUAUUUAUUCCAGUUCUGAUUCCUUAUUAGGUUUUUAUUCUGUUGAGCACAAACAAAUACGUUUUGAAGAAUGUCCGAAAGCUGUAACCAUUGGCUUCCAUAGUCAAUUGGAUAAAAUAAAUACUAUAGAAGUCAAUCAUUUUUCAAAAUAAUAAUAAUAAUAAUAAUUAAAAGCAUGUGUUCAACAGAAAAAAGAAACUCAAACAGGUUUGAAACAAGUGAAAGAUGAGUAAAUGAUCUUGAAUUUCAGUUGUGUGUGAACUAUCCCUUUAAUAUAUUUACUGACAUGUACUAAUAAUGAACAAUACUUGUACAGCAUUUAUUAAUCACAGUUCAUCCUUUACUACUGCAUUAAUAAAAUCCAAAUUCCUGCUUGAUAACAUUAGAUACUGCACUGUGAGUUAACAAGAACUAACAAUAAAUUACAUUAUAUUAAUAAUAACAAAGAUGAGUAAAUACUGUAGUAAAUGUAUUGUUCGUUCCUGUAUUUCCAGACCAGUGCAAAAGAUGCGGCACUGUUAAUGUAGUGCUGUUAGUGGAUCUAAAUAGCUAUUUCAACAUGCACUUACUAGUAAACACUGGAUGAUGGAAGCUCAUCUGAGCUGAAUUUACAGCAAUUCACAUGGGUUCAAUGUGUGUGUCUACAGUAUGUUAUCAGUGGAUUUGGUCACGCUUUACAAUAAGGUGUCAUUAGUUAAUGUUAGUAACACUCCACAUUUUUAUUUUAAUAUUGUUAUUUUAGAAAUAUGCUUAUUUUACAGCUCUCUUAGAGAUAAACUGAAUAGUUGUAUCAUUUUUGAGUCCAUUCAGCUGAUUUCUGGGUCUGACAGGAGCAUUUUUAGCUUAGCUUAGCAUAGAUCAUUGAAUCGGAUUAGACCAUUAGCGUCUUGCUCAAAAAAGUGAAAAAUUUCAGAGUUUCCAUGGCUGCAGCAGUGCAACGAUAUUACAUAACUCCUGAAAAUAGUCCCAGCUUGAUAACUAAGCAACAGUGCUAUAUCAAUGCAAUGGUACGACUUAAAAAUUCCUUGAUUACGCCAAAAUAAAAGUAUAGUUCCUCGAUAUAUCAGCCUAGAAAAUAAAAACUUUAAUUUUCUGUUGGUCUAAGUACACAAUGUAACUACGGAAGAGUUCAGCUUUAAAUAGGAAAAUUAUCAAACCUCUGAUCUUUUUUGAGUGUGAUGCUAAUGGUCUAAUCUGAUUUAAUGAUCUAUGCUAAGCUAAGCAUGUUCCCGAAAGACCCGGAGAUUAGCUACAUGGAUUCAAAAAAAUGGUAAAACUCAUUGCAUUGGAGCAUGCAAUAAAUAGGAAAUUAUCAAACUUCUUUGAUCUUUUUUUUUUUUUUUUGAGAGAGAGAGAGAGAGAGAGAGAGAUGCUAAUGGUCUAAUCCGAUUCAAUGAUCUAUGCUAAGCUAAGCUAAAAGUGCUCCUGCCAGACCCGGAGAUCGCCUAAAUGGAUACAAAAAUGGUAAAACAGACCUGUUUAAGCAUUGGAGAGCUGUAAAUUUGCAUAUUAACAAAUAAAAAGUAUUCUUUUAAAGGGAUAGUUCACCCAAAAAUGCUAAUUUACUUUUGCUCAAGUGGUACCAAAACGUUGAUUUUCAUUUUUCUGCAGAAUGAAAGUUAUUUGGAAACCUGUUUGUAACCAUUGACUUCAAUAGCAGGAAAAGCAAAUACUGUGGGUGUCAAUGGUUAUAGGUUUCAACAUUUUUCAAAAUAACUUCUUUUUUGAAACUCCAACAGGUUUUGAAGAGUGAGCAAACAAAUGAUGACAGAAUAGUCAGAUUUGGGUGAACUAAUAAUCUCGUUCAGUAUUUAUAAAUCACAGUUCAGCAUUUACUAAUGCAUUAUUAAAUGACUAAUUCAUACUUGUUAACUCAAUGCUUUAACAAGAACUAACAAUGAAUCAUUUUUCCAUUAACUAAUGUUAAUAAAUAUGAAUGAAUACUAUAAUAAAUGUACUGUUCAUUGUUUGUUCAUGUUAGUAAACGCAUUAACUAAUACACUCUUAUUGUAAAGUGUGAUCAGAGAUUUGAGUGGGAACUGUGUGUGUGUGUUUUCCCGUCUUUAGCAUGGUAGACUAAUAGUGAAAUGCAAUAAAUGCGCUGCAAAAACGGCUAUUUCCUUUCAAAAUAUCUGAAUGAUGCAUUUUCCAAAAAACAGAAGCACAUCUGUGCAUUAGAAGAUAUUUUGGUCACGUUUUAUUAUAACAGUCCAUUAGUUACUGUAUUUACUAACAUCCACUAAUAAUGAACAAUACACAUGCAGCAUUAAUCAAUCACAGAUCAUUUAAUUUUUCAGUUCAGUUCUUUUAUUUCAAUUCUGACUGCAGUAUAUUUACAAAAUAAAUGUAAAAAUCAUACUGAAAUGUCUAUCCUUGAUAUAUGAUUAUCUACAAAUUCUGCCAAAUUUAAAAAUAAAGAAUAAACUAAUUCAUAUUAAAUUUCCCACAAUGACCAAACAUUAAAGUUUGCACAAAUACAAAUUCCAGCAUUCACUUAUUUUCCUUUGGCUUAGUCCCUUUAUUAAUCAGGGGUCGCCACAGUGGAAUGAACCGCCAACUAUUCCAGCAUGUUUUAUGCAGCAGAUUCCCUUCCAGCUGCAACCCAGGACUGGGAAACACCCAACACACUAAUUCACACUCACUCAUACACUGCGGCAUCAUCAAUUCCCCUAUAGCUCAUGUGUUUGGACUGUGAGGGAAACCGGAGCACCCGGAGGAAACCCACACCAACACGGCGAGAACAUGCAAACUCCACACAGAAACACCAACUGGCCCAGCCGGGAUUCGAACCAGUGACUUUCUUGCUGUAAGGCGACAGUGCUACCCACUGAGCCACUGUACCGCCCCAAAUUCCAACAAUUAUUUUAACAUUUUAAAUAUACAUUGUUUUACUUCAUCAUAUAGUUAUCUAUCCUCAUAUUUGAGCAUCUCUUUCUUUAUUUACUCCUUUAAUAAUGACUAUUUUCAUUAACAAAGAUGAAUAAACACUGUAAUAAAUGUAUUGUUCAUUAUUUGCUCACGUCAAUACAUUAACUACAAGAUUGUAAAGUGUGACCAACAUUUAUUCACCAAACAUUCUUCUUACGAUGCAUUAUCUAAACAAAACUAGUCUUAAUAUAUUGUUUUGCUUAAAUAUAACAUUCAGAUAUUUUUACUUGAAAAUUACGACAAAGCAAAAUAAGAGACUUGCAGUGUGUGUGUUUAAUGUGAUUAUCUUUAGCUGUAACUCUGAUUAACUUAUGCAGCCGUCGUUGAUUUCUAAUAUGCAUUAUUAACAUAUAAUUACGUAGAGAGUGCCAAAUAUAUACACAAUACUUGUACUACAAAAAUGGAUGAGGUGGUGUCGAAGCACUUACAUUGAAAAGAAAAAGCACUAAAAUCUGAAUAUUGUAGAUUGUAAAUUGAAAUUAAAGAAGUGUUGAUGAA